UUCAGACUUUGGUAACCCUAUCUACGCCCCUCUCCUUCCCAACCUCCGCGAAUUCCUCUCUCUUUCACUCUCAUAGCACUCCUCUCAGUCUUCGCCGUCUUUGAAGAAUCGAUUGAUCCAGAGUUCGCCGAGGAGGAACUCGCUGUCGCUGACUCGCUGCCGCUCGCCGUCUCACUCUCACACCUCGCCGGCUUCUCCUCGCCGCUCAACCAGAAGUCGAACCUAUAACAUAAAUAAUAAUCAAAUGAAUACUACAAUUUUGUCGAACACCUUAAGGAAGCGCUGCAUGAGUUUGUGAACUGAGCUGGGAGAUAGAUGGAGGCAAAAAACUCGGGUAAAGUUGGUGUGGCUGAGGGCUACAAACCUCCACCGGAGUUUUCCGAAGUUGCUAAAGAACCACUUCUGGAUAUCAAUAUGAACGACUCCACAGAGCUUUGGCUCAUUUCUUGGCCGAAAGAUCAAAAUCCAGAUUUUAGCCAAGAAGUUUCACUCAAGCUUGGUCCUGAUGGAGAGUUGGGCAGUUUUGUUGGUCCAUCCGGCAAAGAAUAUGAUCUCCAAAGUACAGCUCAAAAGCCAGAUGCUACAGUUUUUGUAUCGUCUGUGUCAGGCACAAAAGUUGCUGGGAAGAUUUCACGGAAUGUUUCUCUCGUGUACUAUCCGGAACCUAGUGAACUUGAAGAAAAACUAAAGUCCAAACAGUUGAAGAAAAUUCAGCAGAUAUCAUCUGGAAUGUCCCGUUCUCCCCAUAGUUUUGCAACUCCUACACGAAGUUCUAUGCCGACAAUGUCACGGACAGUAGGUGGGCAUCCAACCCCAACUCAUAGCAGCAGACAAAAAAGCUCCAUAUCUGGUGUUGGAGAGCCAUCACAGCUUCGGAAAAAGAGGCGUGCGCCUGAACCUACGAGGUCCUUGAACCACUCUGGCCAAAAUUCAGGGCGACGUAGUGGAGUCACCGACUGAGGACAAUGUGAUGGGGUAGUUGCUUCUUCAGGACAACAACCUCAUCAAAGUAGAUCAAGGAAGAAAAUCGAACAUGAGAAUUGAUGUCUCUAUCAGAGGGUUUUCUUUUUUCAAAAUGCGUUAUGCAAAAUGAAUCUUGGUGGAGGAUGAAGUAAUCAGUACUCUGUUGCUCUUGAGUUUGGGCAGACACUAGAAGCAAUAUUACAAAGUGUGCAUCCAACUUUUGUGCUUCCCAGGCUUCUAAUUAUAUAAAGUUUGUAGUUCAAUCUCCAUUAAUUAUUGAAGCCUAAUUUGAAAUUCUCUUGAUUGGUUCUUCC